UGGACAUUGAUGGUUCGUUAGUUGCUAGUCAUUCAUCAUCUAAUGAGGACAUUAUCAUGGUCAAUAAUGGUUGUCUUUGCUGCACUGUACGUGGAGACCUUGUUAAAAUGCUUUUGGAGUUGGUCAAGACAAAACGAGACAAAUUUGAUCAUAUAGUUAUUGAGACCACAGGUCUCGCUAAGCCAGGCCCCGUGAUUGAAACAUUUUGCUCUGAUGAGUUGGUCUCAGCACGCGUGAAACUGGAUGGAGUUGUUACUCUAGUUGACUCGAAACAUGCCAUGCAGCAUUUACUUGAGAUUAAACCCAGAUUUGUAGUGAAUGAAGCUGUGGAACAAGUUGCUUAUGCUGAUCGUAUUAUUUUGAACAAGAUAGAUUUGGUUUCUGAGGCUGACCUGGAGGCAUUGGCAAAGAAAAUUAAGGUAGUCGUCUAUGUUAGAAGGCCAUAUCUGAAUAUUCCCCUUAACAAGAUUAAAGACGUGCUUACUUAGCUGCUUACUAACCGAAACAAGUGUUUAAUGUGUCGCUUACUAAGCAUACCAACCCUCCAUGUCUUAAUUAAGUUGCACUUUAAGCUUUUUCAGUUUCUG